AUGAGCACUCCGGCUGCAGAACAGAGGAAGAUUAUCGAGCAACUGAUGGGCAAGGGCUCCCUGUCCUCUAGUGGUCCUUCUUAUAGAGGCGAGAUGCGACUCGAAGACCCAAGGAUAUGUAAAUCGUUCCUGGUUGGCGAAUGCCUUUACGACCUAUUUAAAGGAACUAAACAAAGCCUGGGAAGGUGUCCCAAGAUUCAUUUGGCUAAACACAAGCUUCAAUACGAGCGCGAGCUGAGCAACGGACGCGACUUUCCCGAUUUUGAUAGAGAGUACUUCUCUAUUUUGUCUAAGUUUGUUAAUGACUGUAACGGUCAAAUUGCAGUUGCGCUGAAGAACCUAGAGCAUACUCCAGAAGAGCAGGAAAAGAUUAAAAACGUUACGAAAGAGCUGGAGGUGGUGGACUCGAAGGUUGGCUUGCUAUUGCAGGAGAUACAAGUUCUGCUUGAAGCUGGCGAAGUUACUAAGGCUCUCAUGCAAUCCGUGAAGCUUCAAGAACAGCAAAAACAUAGGCAGGAAGUCGCGAAAAGAGUACGAGACAUCACGGAAAAUGUGGGGCAGAGCGCGCAGCAAAAGCUGCAGGUUUGCGAGAUCUGCGGGGCGUACCUCUCGCGGUUAGACACCGACAGAAGACUUGCAGAUCACUUCAUAGGAAAAAUCCACCUGGGAUACGUGGUGAUACGGCAAGAGCUGGAGAACCUAAAAAGGCGGUUCAGAGACAGGGGCGAGGAGCCUGUGGCAUAUCCUGUAGCAAACAGGAGGCCUGCACCCCAGUUUCACCCGCAGGCGCGAGCGCAAGCGUCUCAAAGGCCCCCAUACCAGCCAAACUAUAGAUCAAGGGUUCAUCGGGGGUAUUAG